GCUACUGCCAGUCCCUUCCGCGCAGCCGUGGUGCCGCCGCUCUCGUGAUGGGCUGGCGCCCAGUCCCGACCCGCCCACUCCCUAAACGCCCCACACACCGCGUCCACACGCCCCGCCCCCCGCGGAGCGGAGCAUCCCGGGCCUGGAGCUUCCCUGGGCCUGGAGCACCCCGCGCCGGGUUCUGCGUGGGCGACGAUGAGGGUCUGGAGCUCGGAGCAUGUGUUCGGGUGAGCCGGCUGCGGCCGCACCACCCGUGGGACACAGUCAUCAAGGCUGCCAUGAGGAAGUACCCGAAUCCCAUGAACCCCAGUGUCGUGGGCGUCGACGUGCUGGAGCGCAGUGUGGACAGCCGGGGCCGGCUUCACAGCCACCGCCUCCUCAGCACCGAGUGGGGGCUGCCCAGCCUCGUGAGAGCGAUUUUGGGAACCAGUAGGACUUUGACAUACAUUAGAGAACAUUCUGUUGUGGAUCCAGUGGGAAAGAAAAUGGAGCUCUGUUCCACCAAUGUAAGCAAUGGCCACGAUGAUCACACUCACAAACUGGGUGUCGGUGAGCGAGAGGCUGGUGUACACACCCCACCCGGAGGACCCAGGAAGGACCGUGCUCACCCAAGAAGCCGUCAUCACCGUGAAGGGGAUCAGCCUCGGCAGCUAUCUGGAGAGUUUGAUGGCCAACACGAUAUCGUCCAACGCAAAGAAGGUGGUUUCCAACAGCUAGUUACCAAAAGACAUCAUCAUUUUACAACAGGAACUCCACAAAGAAGAUAUCAAGAAGGCCAGAACUAGAACUGCCCUUGUGAACUACAAGGGUUUGAGUGAGCAAGAAAGGAAUGAGGAAAGGAAAAAAGGAAGAAGACAGACUUGUCAUAAAUCAUUUAUCAUUUUACAUAAAAUGUUUAACAGAAAACUUGACAACAAAUGUGUUGACAACACAUGAGUUAAUUUUGUUACUACCUCUCCAGGUAUUAAGCAGCUAGAACAAAUAUAUGAUUGGGGGAUGGGGUGUGCUGAAGGGACAAAAGGGCAAAAGCAGCAAGUUUUUACAAAAUUACAAAGGUUAAAAUCUUUAAAUAAACCUUUCAUAAGGUGUAGAAAGCAGUAGGCUGCCACACUUACAAGCGUAAUUUAAAAGUCUUCCAGAGAGCAAAGGAGGAAAUGAUUGGGCUAAUUGAUUAAUUCCUAUUCAAGAAAAAAGGUAAUGUUUAAAUAUGGUCUUGAAGUAUCUUUUGAAAAAUCGUAUUCUAUAGCACACACUUUUUACACACUUCCUCCAGAGGUUCAUGCAGUAGCGGCAGCCAGUCUUCCAAGAAAAAGCACACAUAUCUCCCACUGGUCCAACUAUCCACACCCAACUGAGGCUCUGCCUGGAGACACAGUGAGCUUCUCCAGGCGGGUCUCACAGGUCCAAGCCAGAGUUUCCUUAAGGGUGAAGUCACCAGUGGUGUGUGGAGGAACAUUAACACAGUUUUAAUGGUUAUAUAUUUAAUGUUUCAGAAAAAAUAUAAUUACUAUAUCAGAUACAUGAUUUUAUGGAUGUUUUUGCUUAAGAAAAGUUUAAAAGUCAUUUAUGGUAGAUUUAAAAAGUUUGAACAGUACUGGUGGCACUUAAGUCUGGUAAAAUCAUGAGGGUGAGAUCUGCACUGAAGUUUAGGGAACACUGUUAAGUGACAGUGGCUGCCAUGAGCUAACUUCAUUCUCAAUGCAAGGGAUCUGAGAAAUUACCCAAUAGCUCUCUAAUUGCCUGAAGACUUUGCUGAGGUUGGUAACUGUACUUGAGCUCACUGACUCAAACUACUGAAAUAAACACCUAGUAUUCAAUUCAAAGCUUUCGGAUAAAUGGAAUUAAUAGAAGAAUAUGUUAUGUCCCAGUCAGGCUUCAGGAUGAUCUCCAUAUGUAAGACUAAAUAUUGUGUGUGAUUUUAUCUAAUACUGCAUAUUUGUAAAAGCCCCAGUUGAACACACUUUUAAGAGAUAUUUUUAAGUAGUUUGAUUACUUAUACUUUUCUGUUCAAAUGAAUGAAUCCUCAUUAUCACUUCAGUGUAUCUGAUGAGAAAACCAAACCCUUGGAUAAGACUUUAGACUUCUUCUAUAUAAGACAGAAUUUCUGGUGAUAUUUAUAAGUAAACAAACUAUUUAAGAUGCUACACAGAGCUUUAGAAGUCACAUGCCUCAGGUUCAGAAUCUAAAACACACAACCAUGAUAUUAAAUACCUUAUGUAAUAACUUCUAUUAUUACACAGUGUAAUAAUUAUGUCUGUUAGAUACACCCAGGCUGCUGCCUUAUUUAGUUGGAGGAAAUAUGGCUGAAAUAAAGAUUGUAUAUUUAAUAUUUGCAUCAGAAAAAUAAAUUAUACUUACCUUAAUUAAUGUUGACUGGAUUAACAUUUUCCACUAAGAAUUAGUAUUUCUAAAACAUACCUGAGCAGCAGAACAUACUUCAAUGUGUCCUAUUCUACACUUACGUGCAUUACCUACACUACACGUUUAAAUAUUUACUCCUUAGUUAGCUAAUUUCCCAACUUAGACAAGAAAUGCAUCCCGAUCUUUGCAUUUAGGUUAGAAGAAUAGAUCAGUCUUUUCCAUUUAUAAUUUGGGACAUUUAAAUUGGUUAGUCAAAAUGACACAAUGAAAACACAAGAAAUCGAGAAUGAAGUGUGUGGAAAUUGCAAAGUACACUAAGGUACAAAAUAAAUUAUGGCAAAUGAUAAGCAGUGAAAGCAAAUCAAAAAUUUUUGUUGCUCCUUUACUUCGAGAAGCUCAGCACCAAGAGCUUUCUUCCCAACACAAGAACCCAUCAUAUAACCUAUAAGACACGAACACACCUACAUACAUGUGUGUGGGCAUGCACGCCAUCCAGGUCAGCCACCUGUGCCUACUUCACGGGAGACAGCAGCCAGUGUGCUUAGGCAGCGGCCACUCCCAGAGAGCCCACCAGGGAGGAAUAUCUUUAGUAGAUAUUUAGAAGAGAUGGAUCUUAGUAUGUGUUGCCAACUUUUGGAGAUUAGCAGUAACACACAUGUUCUCAAACAUUUCUGAGUUUAUUUUCCAGACCAAGCUUUUUUUUUUUUUUACAAAGUUACUCUGCAAAUCGUUGAUAAAAUAAAAAUUGUCAAAUGGAUAAAGAAAAUAGAAAAAGCUCCUCAGUGGUCAGUCAGAAGUAGUAAGUGAAGACUAUAACAUAUUUAUCUGAGUUUCUUGAAAGUGCAAAUAUUAGUCAUGCCUAAGAGAACUACAAAUAUACAUAGAAAUUCAAAAAGCAGUUGGGAACUAUUUUAGCAGUUGGAAGACACUCAGUAAAUAUUCACAGACAGAACAUGAUAUUAGAACUCUCUGGCUCUUUAAAUAUGAAUUUGUAUGUAAGAUAUGCCAACAGUUCCAUGGCAUGUAAAAGAAAAUUCUGGAAGGAAAUACUAGUGCCAAUAUCUUAUCUCAUUUUGCAUUCAAAACAGCAGCUUCCAAAGUCUAAAAUUCUAACGUGCAAAACAUUUUAUUGGGACUAAGCUGGCUUUGCAAAUUUGCUCAUAUAUAAUUUAAAAAUUCAAUUUAAAAGGGGGGCUGAUUUUACAGGUCAAAUUUAAUCAUUAAUAGCUACUUGUUUCACUAUUAGUCCCUGUCUAUUUAACAGAAGGGCUCUAAACGUGUCCUACAAACCCGGGACAUAUGAUUAUAUUUUACAACCAAAGCCAUUACAACGCUCAUGUGUUUUUAGACUCUUAAUCAGCACAAAGAACCAGCGUGACAAGGCCCUACGCACAGGAGCACUGGGUACGCAGAUAGCUCUUGGCCCUCAACUGAGGAGCAGUCGUCCUCUGAAGCAGCUGACAGUUCUGAGUUCAGCUACCUGAAUAACUGAGUGCUUUAGAGAGUAAGAAGUGUCAAAACUUUGUUUCUUGAAAGUGUUUUCUAUGCUCUGAAGGCAGAGUUCUGUUAGACUCUGACCGCUGCUUUAUGAGAUUGGGGGUGGGGUGGGCACUGUGUUCCAUGACCACAAGUGUCACGGUUCUUCCACAGGCUCUUGCAAGGCAACAGAUUUAUUACAGUUUUAAUUUUUUUAAAGUAUACUAUUUUCAAAGAAACAGAAUGUUUUAUUUGACCACAGCUUAGAAGAAGCCUUUCAAUUUUCUUUUUUGACGUGUUUGAACAAGCAGAUGAAUGAAAUGUAUUUCACAGAGACCACAAAACCCACGUCAGGUGUGAAAGUGCUUUUUUUUUUACCUGACAAGUCAAAACUGUAAGACAUGCUAAGUGGCCGCAUUGCUGAAAAAAGAAAACAAACAAUAAAAAGAAAAUAAUUCAGCUGUUAGGAUAUACAGGGAAGAUGAAAAAGGGAGGAGGGUUCAAGACCUGUGGUGGCACAUUUCACGCUUUAAGGCAGAAGGCAGUAAAUAACAAUCUGAAAUACAAUAAAACCAUGAGUCUUAGUUUUAAUUAUAUUACUAAGACUUGAAAUGGAGUAACAAUAAAAGAAAACAAAUAACUUUUAAAGAACAUGUUAAAAAUGAAAGCAUGUUAAAGAUACAAACAUUUUAGAAUCAUAGUACAGGACUUUAAAAUAUAAAAGAGUUCAAAAGAAAAAACUAGCCAUGUUUUAAAACAUGAUUUUAUGGAACAUACAAAAUCUUUAAAAUUUAACAACAAAUGUAUUCUUAAAUAAUUAAUUUCAGGAUGAAAAUGUGGCUCUCUGCAUACAGGUGAAACAUCUUAUCAAAAAUCUCAUUCAGGUACUACCAGCAUCACAAAGUAUCACUAAUUCUCUAUUGUAGGCAGUGUAACCUGGCAGUUGAAGCAAGGCCUCAGGAGCCAGAGAGCCUGAGUUUGAACCUCAGCUCUGCCACUUACUAGCAGUGUGAUUCCGGGCAAGUUACUUAACCUCUCUGUGCUUCAGUUACUUCAUCUGUAAAAUGGGAAUAAUAGUACCUAUUUCAUGGGAUUGUUAUAAAAAUUAAAUGAUUCCAUACAAAAAAAGGUGCUCAGAAUAGUGCUUAGCACAUAGUAGAAGUUAAAUAAAUACAAUCUCCUAUGAAUAAACUUAUUUCUUUCCUGUUGAAAUCAUUUGUUUUAAAAAUUUUAUUACAUAUACUAAAAAACACUGAAUUGUAUAUUUUAAAUGGGUGAAUUUUAUGGCAGGUAAAUUAUAUCUCAAUAAAGCUGAUUUAAAAAGGUUAUUACCAAAGUUUGAUGAAUUUGGGUAUUCAUAAG